AUUUUGUGGGCUGGUCCUUGGGCACAGGUGGCAGCGUUUGAUUGGAGUGAAGAAAUCAGGGCAUCAACUGAACCCAUUCAUCUCACAACUCUCUCCUCUCUCCUGCAUGUCUAUCUGAACGGCGAUACCAAAGGCGAUCGAUACUCUCCGAUCUCUCGUCGUGCUCGUCUCACCACUCUCUCGUCGCGCUCUUCUCACCACUCUUUCGUCGCUCUCGUCUCACCACUCUUUCGGACCGAUCUAUUCUCCGACCCAAACUUCUCCGCCGAUCUCAAUCAAAAAGGUUAAGGAACCUAUGGGACUGGAUUACAGCUAUACGCAGCCGUCUAUGUCGGAGGACUAUUAUGGUGACUACUCAGCCGACAGUGGGCACAGCCAAACAGAGGCUAAUAUACAGCUGGACCAAGCUGAGAUUGAUGCGGCGCGACGUCACUACCCACCGCAGCCUGAAGUUGAGUUUGGCUUCCCGAAGGAAUGUUACUGCGGUGGCGAACCUCUUAUAGCCACAUCCCACACAAGAAAUGAUCCAGGGCGGAGGUACUACACCUGUGCAAACGUCGAGGACGGAGACUGCCAUGUCUGGAAGUGGUGGGAUGUGGCAGCUACGGAGGAGAUCAGAGCCAUAUCGACACAGUGUAGCCAUCUCUGUGAUAAGGUAGAUUAUCUAACGUUUCUGAGUGAUUACGAGACGCAUCUUAACCAGGUAAAGCUACUGCAUCACGAGACAGAGCAGAGGUUGGUUAGGCUAGAGAGAAUUGGAAAAGGCUUUGAACUCGUUGUAGGUGUUCUCAUUGUUAUGUUAGUGAUAAUAUGCGUGGUCCUAAUGUUUAAGUAACCGCAUCACUUGAUUGGAGGCUUUGUUGUGAACCAUGUAUCCUAUGUGUCUAAGUAGAAUCUGAAUGUGUAUGUGACCUCUUAUGUUGGAGGCUUUGUUGUGAAACUCUUAUGUUUAACGGCUUUUUUGUCAACUCUUUAGUAUGACAUGUUGUAAACUCUUAUGUUUAA